AAGUGCUCUAGUGGCUGUUUCGCUUACUUUAUCUCCCGUUUUUAGUGUCAAUUGUGAUAUCCGAAUGAUGGCCAAACGAAUGAAGCUGAGUUUCUCGAUAGAUCAGAUCCUGGGUCUCCAUGAGACAUUGAAGCAGGAAGCGGCAGAAGAAGAUGAAAAAGAACGAUGCACCCUGAAGGAAGAAAGAUUGGACUUGGCUUCUCCUGGCAUGGACAACCGACUUACUGCUGAAUACAGAUCUCCCUCUCUUCCCUCGCCUGGUUCUGAUGGCUUUAACGACUGUAGUGAUGACGAUUUCAAGAACAGGAAAAGGAAACGUACCCGAACCACUUUUUCAUCUGCUCAGGUUUACGAACUAGAAAAGAAGUUCCAAAGAUGUCAGUAUUUGAGUGCGGUAGAUCGACUGAAUCUUGCUGCAGCCCUCUCUAUGAGCGAUGUGCAGGUUAAACGUUGGUUCCAAAACCGAAGAUGUAAAGAGAGACACCGGGCUGAAGAUCUGCAAAAGAUCCAGCGAUCUCCACUUCUAUUUUACCAGCAACCAUAUCUCGGAGCAGCAGCAGACGCCCUGAUCCUCCAGAACCACAUAAGGACCCUCGUGCAACUCGGGAACUGGAGCACCCCUUCCUGAACAAGUCAAGUUGAUCUUAUUUGAUCUAAUUCCUGGUCUACUUCUGUGAUAAAGAUAGAACUUUGGGCAAAGACUUAUGACCUUAAUAAUUGAGCUUAGCGUUUUGUUUGGAAGAUUAAGUUUAACAAUCGUAGAACAUUACGGUAAAUUUUGUGACAACACCUUUUUCUGUAGCGAUUUUUUGAGUUUUGACGGAUUAUUUUGAUUCAGAUUAAAUUGUUUUUUGUGGACUUUUGAUUAUAAAUUUCAAUCAGUUACGUUUAUUGAAGGAAACGUUUAAUUUUUCCAAUUUAAACAGUGCACAGUUUUACAGACAUAACUACGGGGCCAGUACUUGCUUUUAAAGACACUUUGUUUCAAAUUUUCUCACAGGUAUAAUAUUUUUACACACGACUCGUGGUCACACGGCGGAUCAGUUAGUGGUGACACUGGAAAUCUAAUGUCCGGUUAUUAGCUCAUAUGAUAUGUGUUAGCUCAGUUCUCAGUAGAUUUUAAGAAGCUUGACUCGCCAAGUUUAAACAAUAGGUGCUGUUUCUGAGUUUCCAAUAAGUCUGUCCGUGUUUUGUACGAGCUUACUGUGAAAUGAGAGAGAGAGAGUUUUAUCAGUAGAUCACAUUGGAGGAGAGAAGGAGAAGUAGUGCUUGAGAAGAGACAAAUAGUUGCAGUCAGCAGGGCACCAUAUCCGCUGAGCUCAUCCAACUUCAGUGUCUACUUGCGGGGCGAUUUUUAGUCUUUCUUGUACUUCACACCAGGGAAAUUAUUCAAUAUUGCCAGGAAAAGUAAGAUGUUUAAAACAGGUGUUUUGUCAUGCUGCUCCGGGGCCAUGGUGGGUUGGGAAAAUUAGGCGUGUGCUUCGUGACAUGUACCAUGAUCAGAGACAGAUGAUUACAAUGUGUGAAGACCUAUUUAUUUCGCUUUUGUUUUGUAAAUACUUUUAAUACUUGUAAACC